CAACAAACAAAGCACCGGGCAACCGGGCAAACAAACUCAACCGGAACAUAAAUAAAGUAUUCAUUAUUUUUCUACAGGGUACGGGAACGGCAGACAUUUCUUCAGACCUAACAAAAAAUCGAACAGAAAUUUAGCCUGUGUAUUUUGUACAACAAUACCGACACAAGAUGACGCUCAAAAUCGGAAUAUGUACGAAGCAGGACCUGGACGAUGCGAUGAAGCUGCAGAAGCGGGAGCAGUACGAGGAUGAACGCAAGCGGCGCAUCUUCAACGCCAAGCAGCGUCUCUAUGGGCUUGAUCUGGAAACGCUGGAUAAGCAAAUCCUGGAGAAGAAGAAACAGCGGACCGCACAAGAGGAGUGCGACAAGAAGUUCGAGGAGCAGGAGCAGCUGCAGAAGCGUCUGAUUUCCGCGCAGGAAAAGGAGCUGGAGAAGAAGCAGCGCAUGGUGGACUCGGAUCUCAACUACUAUCGCUGUCGCUAUCAGCGGAAGGAGCAGCGUCGCGAAUUCGACCUUAACGAUCCGGAUUUCCUGAAGAAGGCGCGUCCGACCCGCGUGGCCGACAACGACAUCGCACUGGGCGUGUCCAGUGCCCAGAUCUUCCAGGGCGAGGACCUGUACAACACCGAGCGCAAGGUGCGCCAGCGGGAACAGCAGCGCGCCUGGUUGGAUCAGCAGGUGCAGGAACGCAAGCGAGCGGAGGAGGCGCGCAAGCAAGCCGACAAUCUGCUGAUGGAGAACGUCGGUUGCCGGGACCAGCAUCUGCAGGAGAUGGCCAAGUCCGAUCACCAGAUGCGCAACCAGGUGAUCCAGCGAGUGCGUCAGUUCAACAUCAACAUGGCCAAGCAAAAGCAAAUGGAUCGCGAGCGGGAGAAGCGCGAAAAGUACGAGGACGACAUGGCCGAAAUCUACAAUAUGCUCUCCAGCGACAUGCUCACCGAAAAUCCGGAUGUGGCCCAGUCGCGCACCGAUCCCAACAAGAAGAUCGCCUUCAUGUAUCGCGGCAUGACGCCCGAGGAGCUGCGCGUCUUUCGACUGGGCCAGGAGCAGCAGCUCCGCUUGGCCACGCAGCGCAAGACGGAGGCCCAGAUGAUGGACAAACAGUGGGAGCAGUAUGCCAUCAACAUGGAUCGCACACUGGUGCUCCAUCAGAUCGAGGACGAUCGCCGACGCAAGGCGGAGUUCGAUGAACUGAUGCGGGCCAACUCAAAGUUGGCCGUGGAGCAGGACAAGCAGCGCAAGGAGGCCCUUGUGGCAUUGAGCAACGCAGUCUCCGACGAUUUCUACGAUCAGUUCAACAAGAACUCACGUUGAUUGAUUUAAGAUUUAGUUCCCCACAGCGGAAAUUGAUAAUGAUGACCUGGAUGCGAUUGGGAAGCUGCCUCACCAGAACUUGUGUGUGUGUUGCAAUUUUCCACACGGAUCCAGAGCUCAUUCAAUUGGCAAAAGUUCGUUGGGAAUGAAUGUUCCAAGGAAAUUCUUUAUGUUUUAGUUCAAAGCUAAAAAUUUGAGUAAAUUUAAGUUAACAACAUUUUAACCUAGAAUUGCACAUCAAAAAAUCUAAUAAAUUUUAACAAGGCUUAAACAUUCAUAAAAAUAAUUCAUGGUUAUUCGUUAAAGAAUAAAAAAUAACCAUUUUAUUUUAAAAUUUGAACUAUUGCUUUAUUGCAUAUCAGAAAGAAUCACUGCGCUACCAAAAGUAGUAUACGAAUUAAUUUGAAUAUUUAGUAUUAUAAAUCAACUAAAUGCUUUUAUAACUUUUUAUAACUCAUUUAUUUCAAUACAAUGAAUUUCAGCUUUGUUGUUGCACAACAAAUCAUUGCUACAAAUAUGCACAAUUUUGUCUAAUUUUGGCAUUAAAAGAACCCGAGCAAAACGUGUCAACAA